AUGGCGCCCACAGAGCUCCUGGCAACCGGCGCCUCCUUCGCCGUAUUCCGGGGUCUGCACUGGGGGCUGAAGCGGCUGCCCACGCCGGGAUCUACUGCUCAGGACCGCUGGAAGUGGCGGAACCAAUGUGUCUCCCUGAUGCACAGCCUGCUCACCGGGGCUGGGUCGCUGCUGGGGCUGUCGCUGUAUCCCCAGAUGGCCUCAGACCCAGCUCAUGGCCACCCGUUUUGGGCCCUGGUCCUGGUGGCAGUGUCUGUGGGGUAUUUCCUGGCUGAUGGAACUGACCUGCUGCGGAACCAAACCUUGGGCCAGACUUGGGAACUUCUCUGUCAUCAUCUGGUGGUGGUGUGCUGCUUCAGUUUUGUUGUUCUGUCUGGCCACUACGUGGGCUUCUCUGUGGUAUGUCUGUUGGUGGAGGUGAACUCCAUCUGCUUGCACCUGAGGAUCCUGCUGCUGACUUCUCGCCAGGUGCCCUCUGUGGCCUUCAGUAUGACCAGCUUGGCCACCCUGACCACUCUGGUCCUCUUCCGUCUGGUACCACUGGGAUGGAUGAGUCUCUGGAUGUUCCAACAGCACCACCAGAUACCUCUUGCUCUGAUCAUUCUUGGUGGAACUGGGCUGUUCACUGUGAGUGCCAUUUCCAUCAAAACAGGUCUCCAAAUUCUGAUCAGCGAUGUUCUUCAGCCCCGGCCCCAUCCAUCUGUCCCUAAACACGAGGAGAACAAGAGGACCAGGACAUGUUGCAAUGAGCCUAUUACAAGGGACGGUUCCACUCUGAACUUCAAAAACUAGAGAAAAGUGGCAAAUUCGUCUUCGACCAGCCUUAUGGAGUGGACUAGAAGAUAAGUGGUCUUCACUAUCCAGUCUCUCAUGCGGUAAAUAGCUGGACUGGAUUACCAGUAUCUCAGGUCCCUACCUCUUAUCCCCCUUCUUUUUUUUCUACCUUCAUCUUAGGAGCUAAGAAGACAUGCUGACAUUGGUGGCUGGGUGGGAACCUAGAUUACUGUUCACUAAAGUCUAUCACCAUAUGAGCACCAUUUCCAGAAAGAGAACUCAAGAGGUACAGCCAGAGCUCUCAACAAAGGGUAGCAGGAGGUAUAAAGCUGGAAGAAACUUCCAGUGACAACAGAAACCCUUUGCUCCAGCACGAGGAUGGAUAAGGAUCCAAGAGAUCUGGCAUGGAGGGGAUAGAGCCAGAAAGUUUGAAAAGAGACCCCAUGUAUGACCAAAUCUUGGCAGUGGAGAAGAGGGCUUAAGAGAUAUGACCUGGCCAGACAUAGUGGUGCAUGUCUGUCAUUCCAACACUA